AUGACCACCCAAAAUUCUUCAAAAGAACCGGAGACAGUGGUGCAACAAUCCAUUCUUCAGCAAGCACAAGCUGCCGCUGCCAAUCUCGCAAGUCCCGCAGGACAGGAAGCUCUUCUGCAAGACAUUGAUCUUGUCAACCCUGAAGACGACACCCCCCCUCCUGCUUACGGUGACACCUAUGGCGAGAUCAGCAACGAAAAAGACGCCCCGGGCACCAGCGCCUGCGUGACCGAUGACGGCCGUGUCAACAUCCGCAUCAAUCAUCUCAACAGGCGUCUGUCCCAAAUCUUUACUCCCGCCCUCCGUCAGGAGAUUGCUGAAGAUGAUCGCCCACCUCCUCCCCCGUACAUCCCUCCAUCCUUAGGAGGUGAAGAGGGAGUUCCUCCGCCCCCACCCCUGAACGUCGUCAUCCAAGUCGUGGGCUCACGCGGAGACGUGCAACCUUUUGUUGCCUUGGGAAAGGUUUUAAAAGACACCUACGGCCAUCGAGUACGUCUGGCGACUCAUCCCACCUUCAAGGACUUUGUGCAGGAGAAUGGCCUGGAAUUCUUCAGCAUAGGGGGCGACCCCUCCAGACUGAUGGCCUUUAUGGUCAAGAACCCUGGCCUGAUGCCGGGCUUCCGCAGUCUUCUAGGCGGAGAGGUAGGGCAGCGAAGGAAAGAUGUUGCAGAGUACAUUCAAGGCUGCUGGCGAUCAUGUUACCAAGCUGGAGACGGAAUGGAUCUUGAUGACAAUUCUGAGCCCUCCGGAAACGAUCCUGCAACCAGACCUUUUGUCGCCGACUGCAUCAUCGCCAACCCUCCAAGCUUUGCUCAUAUCCAUUGCGCAGAGAAGCUAGGCAUUCCUCUCCACAUCAUGUUCACCAUGCCAUAUUCUCCCACCCAGGCCUUUCCCCAUCCACUCGCCAACAUCCAGUCCUCCAACGCCGACCCUCAACUCACAAAUUACAUAAGUUAUUCAAUGAUCGAACUCCUCUCAUGGCAAGCUCUAGGCGACAUUAUCAACCGGUUUCGUGCGAGGUGUCUCGGCUUGGAUCCCGUUAGUAUGAUCUGGGGCCCUGGGGUGCUUCAGCGCCUUAAGAUCCCUCACACAUACUGCUGGUCUCCGGCUCUGAUACCUAAGCCGAAAGACUGGGGCUCUCACAUAUCAGUAUCCGGGUUUUAUCUUCUCAACUUGGCCUCAAACUACACUCCUACCCCUGAGCUCCAGGCAUUUCUCGACGCCGGUCCACCCCCUAUCUACAUUGGAUUUGGGAGCAUCGUUCUCGACGAUCCUAAUGCCAUGACGGAGCUAAUUUUCGAAGCCGUCAGGAAGACUGGCCAACGAGUCCUCCUUUCCAAAGGCUGGGGAGGCAUGGGCGCGGACGAGCUUCGUAUCCCCGACAACGUCUUCAUGUUAGGGAAUGUGCCCCAUGAUUGGCUCUUCAAGCAAGUCUCAUGCGUCGUUCACCAUGGAGGUGCAGGAACCACAGCGGCAGGCAUAACCGCUGGCCGACCGACUCUCGUCAUUCCCUUCUUCGGAGACCAACCUUUCUGGGGCGCCAUGGUCGCUCGAGCAGGCGCCGGCCCCAACCCAAUCCCCCAUAAACAACUCACAGCGGAUAAACUAGCCGACGCCAUCAAUUUCUGCCUGAAACCUUCAAGCCUAGAACGCGCCAGAGAGCUCGCAACUAAGAUGGCAGCAGAGAGAGGCACCGACAUGGGGGCCCAGUCAUUCCAUCAACAUCUCGAGCCCGACCGACUCCGUUGCACUCUCGCACCAUCCCGACCAGCCGCAUGGCGCAUCAAACGCACGCAAAUCAGGUUGAGCGCUUUUGCAGCUUGUACUCUGGCGAAUGCAAACCUUUUGGAUUUCCGUGACUUGAAGCUCUUUAGACCACAAGAACAUUACACUGACGAGGGUCCUUUGGAGCCAAUAUCCGGAGGUACCAUGGCAUUUGCGGGGUCGGUCGGUAGCAUGUUGAUGGGGCUGGUCGAUUUUCCUUCAGAGACGCUGAAGGCCUUGAACAUGUCGUCUGGGCCCAGUCGAAGGCAGACCACACAAACGACGAUGAACAGGGAGGAGUCUCUUGCCCAUGUUCGAAACACUCCCCGAUCGUCAUCUUCCACUUCCAACAUUGGCUCAAGCUCCAUGUCGGAUGGCAAGGACCAUGACAUGCUACGCCAGACUGGCGCACAUACAAGCAAAGGCCUCGGGCGUAUCGUAAAGGCAAUCGUACAAGGACCCAUGGAUAUAUCAGUGAGUUUCACCAAAGGACUUCACAACGUCCCUAAGCUCCUAGGAGACGACACAGUGCGCCCUCAAGAGCAAGUCAGCGACUUCAAAUCAGGCGCCAGAGCAGCAGGGAGAGAGUUUGGCCUCGGCUGGUACGACGGUGUCACCGGCUUGUUCACUCAACCCUGGAGAGGCGCCCAGAAAGAGGGUGUCAGCGGUUUUUUCAAAGGCAUCGGCAGAGGGGUUGGAGGGUUCGUAGCCAAGCCAUGUGCAGGUGUUUUUGGUAUCCCUGGUUAUGUGAUGAAGGGGGUACACAAAGAAGUACAGAAGUUGUUUGGCAGCAAUGUCCAGAGCUACAUCAUUGCCUCCAGGACGGCUCAGGGAUACGAUGAGUGGAUGAAGAGCUCUGAUGCAGAGAAGGAGGAUGUCAUUGUUCGGUGGAAGCUGAUUCAGAAGUAUCUAAAAAAGAAACUAGACCCUGAGAUGGUGCGGGAUCUCCUAGAAGCAUAG